UCUUUUUACACUGAUUGCUUUUACACCCAUAAAGGCUGUAAAAGCAAUCAUUUCUCCUUCUCUCUGGCUGCAUUCUUGCAGUUAUUGAGAAAUACUGUGAGAGCUGUGAUUGGUCACAGCUUGUCACAUGGUGCAAGGGCUGUUGUGAAUAGCCUUAUACCAUGUGAUCUCUGUGAUCAUUCACAGAUUUCACACAUAGUAAACAAUGUGGUCAGGAAGUGACAUCUUGCUUAAUACUAUUCAUGUGAUCACUGAUUGGCCAAUCAUUGAUUACAUGAUCGGGACCUCACACACCUCCCAACACAGCGG